AUGAAGAGUAAACACCAUGAGAAGGUCGACAACUUUGUUGAAAGGUUUUCUCCUUUUGUUUUGAAAUACGAGUUCACCGAAGGUCAAAAUGGCUUAGUAACCACAGUAAAACCUAUUGUCGAACAUUGGUCUUACCCUCAGUUCGCAAAGGCAGUCCUUGACAACUACAACAAAUUCUUCUCCGAUGUCAAAUCGAAAAUUGUGGUAUACUAUGAGAACAUCGAUGCGCUCAUGACGAACGAAGAAGGCUAUAACAAACUCAUUGAAAUGGGAAUGGUCGGUGAAAAGAUGGGCUGUUUUAAGCUAGACAAGGUAUUUUCCGAAGUUCAUGUAAUAUCGAAAAGGAAAUAUUGGGGAAUACUUGAAGACGGCACAGAAAUAAAACAUUGCAUGAAAUAA